ACUCUCGUUUGUCUAGUACGAAGAAUGAAAUGAGAGGUGUGUUUUUGGGGGGAUAAUUUUGAUGUGACAUGACGAUGGUGGACUGGAUUCUGUUUAUGGUUGUUACAUUUCAGUUUUUUAAUUUGGGACAAGGAGGAUGCGGCCCGUCCCAGUCCGACAUCAUAUUUGUCACAGACGAGUCGGGUUCGGUAGGAGCCCCCAACUUCCAGCUGACCCUGGAGGCGCUGAGGGACACGGUAGCUCUGCUGGACAUUAAUUCUGGCAACGUCCGGGUCGGGGUGAUGUGUUUCCAGUCGUCACAAAGAACUAUAUUUCAUCUCAAUGCAUACACUUCGGUCACUGGCAUGCAAACUGCCAUCAUGAAUAUUAAUUAUAAUAGCGGAGGGACAAAAAUUGGAAGUGCCAUGGAAUUCACCCGACAGAAUAUGUUUGUUUCGAGCAAGGGUGACCGUGCAUCUGCCACAAACAUUAUGGUGGUGCUAACAGAUGGCGUUUCCAAUGACAACGAGCGAAGUGAGGCUGAUCUCGCCAAAGCUGCCGGAAUCGUCAUCAUCUCCGUCGGAAUCGGAAACAACUUGGAUGUUCCCAUGUUAAUAGAUAUUGCCCAGGAUUCCUCCCACUACCUACAAACCGAAUACUCGCAGUUAGCGGUUACUCUGUCAGCAUUCGUCCAAUCCAAGGUCCCAUGUCCUUGGUAUUGCGAUACCGGUGGUGGCUUUGAAAGAGGCGGUGAUGUAUCAAAAACUUCAUCUCUCAAUAGCAAUACAGGCGUAACGUACAUCCUUGAGGACACUUUGUCCACCAUAUCGUGUUGUGGGAGCAUUGAGUCUUGGACUUUCUAUCCCAAAAGGUCUGGCUCUAUUUACCUACAGAUUUGGCGUCCCGUCUCCGGAUCCUCAUCCUACAAACUGGUUGGCUACAACUACUUAUACGUACAUUCUUCCAACACUAACAGAAUUGUGAAGUACACAGUCCCAGAUAAUGAACGAAUUACGGUAAACGAUGGAGACAAAGUGGGAUGGUACAGUCCUGGACAGGAAAUAAUACCGUACACGUCGUCCAGCGGAAGUAACAACCAGAAGCGCUUCUCCUGGGGAGUUACCACAGUCGGCACCACAAAAAGUGUGUCUUCCUCCACAACCAUCAACGCUCAGUUCGCCAUUAAACUCAAUCUGGAAAAUGAUACGAGCGAGUUGUGGUUUGUAAACUCAGGCAGGACAAUACAUCUCUAUGACAGCGCUCCGUCCGGAACACCAGUGUACAAUUUUGUGAUUGGACAACGUUCGCAGGAUAUGCUAACCAAGUCCAUGAGUGAUCCAAGUGGAAAAUUCACUUGGAAUUCCGACACAGGCAGUGUGAGUACUAGUGCAACACUCGUCACUGGGCAGACAUACGUAAUGACGUUUACUGCCAGGAAGACUUGUCUUAAUACCACCAUAUCCGGCGGCUCGUUGUCCGUAACAGCUUCCAAUACUCCUCCACGAAUAACGUCACUACCCGCGGUUAUGACGUUGUCGGAGAACCAGCAAACCAGCAUAACCCUCCACGUGCUGACCGUGGAAGACGACACGGAUAACACAGUGACCUGUGCAAUUGAAUCAGUCGAUCCAUCGUCUGCAACGUCCAAUUUUGUUCUCAACGGUGCUUCCUCGAUGAGUUACAAUUUGGUUUUAAACGACAACCCCGGUUUUAGUUAUGACACCACAAAGAAAUACACAAUAAAACUUUCCUGCAAUGAUGGAAAAAAUAGUCCUGUUUUUGGAUAUUUCAAAUUGUUCCUGCAGCGCAACGUUCGACCCUUCUUAAGCAACAUUCCAGCCACCGGUUAUUCCUACAGUGCCAGUUCCAGACCCAACAUGACUGACUUCAUAACUCUAGCUACCACAGAUCCAGAUAACUCACAAUUCACAUACGCCUUUGAAUACUGUGGGCCUUAUUCAUGUCCACUUUGGAUGCUAGAUGACACGACGGGAUUGGUAGAGUACAACCAAAGCAUGGCAGGAUGGUGGAAGGGUGGUUUUAACGUGGGCUUCUCCGUAACAGACGGUCAGACGAAAUCGAAAACUAGAUAUAUACCGGUUCACCUUACCGGUUACCGGUAUAGCCCAUCUUUCAUCAGCCUUCCCACAGUUAAUAACAUCGUCAUCAACGAAAACAUACCCCCUAACCAGUAUCUGUUUACUGUGACCUUUUAUGACCUUGAUGUAGACACGCUGACACCGACUUUCACAAUAACUAAUGGAGACUGGACUUACUUUACCAUCAAGGACAACACGGAUGUAUACACAAGCAAUACCCAAAUAGACUAUGAAACCUUGCCAAGAACAAAUUACUAUAUAACAGUUGUAGUAAGUGAUGGUACCUCAACAGUUAGCAAUGGAUUUCGAAUUCACAUCAGAGACAUCAACGAGGCUCCAACCUUCCAGACAAUUGUGUACACUGUCACUGCUAACGAAGGAGCAGCAGGUACACAAUUGUCGCCAUAUCCGCCAGCAUACGUCUUUACAGAUGUGGACGCCACCGAUAGUCACUUCUUCACGCUGGACUGUGGAGCAAACACUAGCUACUUCAGCUUCGAUCAUACAAGCGGAUCCAUUUCGUUUGGACGUGUGGUAGAUGUUGAUACUGGAGCUCCAAGAAUGGUAUCGUGCAACGUUACGGUAUACGAUAAAGGAUAUCUUACCGACACAGCAGACUUGUACAUCAUCAUUUAUGACGUCAAUGAUAAUGCGCCUCGAUUUGAUCAGAAAUAUUACACGUAUUCCUUAUCGCCCGGUGUAAGCCUUGGUACAGUGGUUGGAUUAAUUACGCUAACUGAUGCAGAUUUAACUGCCCCACACAAUUCAAUAGGACGUGUUUGGUUCGAAAACCAGCCUACAGAUUCAUCUGGACAAAAUUAUUUCUCGUAUGAUAACGUUACUAAAGAAUUCGCCGUGGCACAGAAUUUGAGCCUGUAUUUUUUCGGAUCUUAUCUCGAGUUCCAGCUAAAAGCCAGAGAUCUGGGGUCGCCUCCACUAGAGUCAACGGCCAACAUUGUGAUUUUGUUUGAACCGACAACAACCACUGUUGCUGUGACAACGACUGAAACCCCGGGGAGUUUCGGAAAUGACGCCAAGAACACGCUAUGGAUGACUGCUGUUGGAAUGGGGGGAAUAGCAUUAUUAGCAACUGGAAGUUAUGUUGCUGUAAAAGCGUUCACUAGCAGUGCGUCGAGCAUUCCAGGAGGAAGCAGCGGGCUGAUUAACGUCUCCUCCUCACCUCCGUCGUCCGAUCCCGUAGCACCGCCACCCGACGAUCCAAAACAAGAGAAGAAACCCAAGAAAGCCAAAAGCAAAGGUCGCGACAAAGUCUUUAGGGACAGCAAUAUGGUGUGAACUUUAGGAAAGAUUUACAUUAAUCCCAUCGAUUUCUCUAGAUAUAUAUAUCAUUCAUUGUUUUCUGUUACAUGCUAUUAUAUAAAAAAUACAGGGUUAUUGAACUUGGUGAAUAUUGGCCGAGUUGGGUUUGAAAUUGCGUGCUUGUGAACUAAUCUAUAUUUCAGUUGUUUCAUGUUCGCAAUUUAUUCAUUUUCUCGUUAAGUUAGAAACUGAAACUAUUGGCACUUAUAUGAAUGCCUGCAAUAUUACAGUAACGCACCUUUUCAACGGUAUUGCAUCGAUCAAUGCAUGUGAAAGUUUCAAAUUGUGAAUAAUGAUUUUUGCUGGUCCUUAACUAUAAUUGUAGGUCAAAAUACUAUAAGAAUUAAUUGAUAAUAGUAGACAAAAUAUCGAAACCGGCUACCAGGGCUUACCAAACGAUAACUGGUUCGCCAUCUUUGUUUAUAUGAAUUAAGCGGGCAAUAACGUUUAACUUGAUAGGCCUACUCGGAAGGUUAUUUCAUGAAAGUUGGCUAUCAGUAAUGGAAUAGAUAUUGCAUGCUAAAAGUUUUAAGGAUUUAGAAAAAUAUCAUUUCUGAAAGAAUAUUAGCCAUAUAAUAAACUGCAUUCGUCGU